CAAUUCUAUCAAACUGACAUUGACACAUUUUCAUCGGGAUAAUGUUGCCAGAUAAACAUUCUGGUUCUGUAGCCUUUUCCGCCGAUGUUACCUCAGCUGAACAACCGAUUCCACCGCCUCCAAAUUCACCAAACGAACAAUUUUCUUUCAAUCUAGAAUGUGAACAAUUGCCGUACAUAUCCAGCAGGUUGGACGGGAUCCAACUACCUGUUAUCCGUGAAACGGGGGUGAAGGCCUGCAUCGAUUAUUUGUCCGAGUAUUUCGACUGCAGCAGAUAUAAAAUAUCGACGUCUCAGUUUUGGUUCUUAGACAUAUUCACGGAUUGGCUGUGGAGACUGCAAGAUGAAUACUACUUCCCGGAGGAGCAUCAAAAACUUAUUUUGCAGUGGUUAAUCUACGUUCUCAAUCUGAUAAGAAAUAAUCCAAAUAUGAGACGGAGGGAGAUUUUUAAAAUAUUCCGAGAAGCAAUCGGCAUCGCCGAAACAAACAUACAAACCGGCGUCGUUUUGGAGCCACCCGAAAAAUUAUUCGCACUGGUUAACUUCGACGAACUUGAGGGCUCGGAGUCUAGUGCCAGUGAUGAGUUCGAAGAUGUAAGCGAACCCGUUACUCCAUCAAGCAUUUCCGUGUCUUCUGAUGGAAGUGGUAGUUGUGUAGCUUUAGAAUUCGAUGAGGAAGUCGAAGUUUUUAAGCUUCCGAAGGGACCGUGUGCAAACAACACCGAAUGUUUGUCUACAGACGUUGAAACUCCAACUAAUUCGACAGACGUAGAAUUAGAAAAUGAUUACGAGUCCUCUUUCGAUGGUGAAGAAAAUAAACAAGAAGAAGAGGAGGAUUUAACAGAAAUUCGUGACACUGACACAGACUUGGAAGUUUUUGAUCCAAACGAUUUCUUUUUGGCAAAUGUGGACUCCAUUGAGAAAGACUCUUCGAAGAAAACCACUUGUUCACACGCCACCUUAAGAUUUAAUGCCAGUCGAAUCAAAGAAGAGGAAGUGCUAAAAGCUUGGUUUGAAUACCACAUGUGGCAGAGAUGUAUUGAGAACAUGGAUAAAUCUUCAACCGGUUGUUUUCCUGAAGUGCAAGGUCCUGCCGCAAACACUUCUUCAGAAACCGUGUUUAAUCCGGAUGACAUUCAGUAUUGGAAGAACUACAUGGCGGAGUGUGAUAGUUUGAUCAAAAAGACGAACGAAGUUAUUUUUAUUAAUAUGUGUGCAGUCAUGGCGAUUAAGCAGAUGGUUUUGGAAUAUUUCUACGAGAGUUUUCAGUUUUUGAUGAUUAGUGCCUUGUUCAAUUCUCAAAGGCAUUACGUUACUCAAAGACUUAACGAACAAUGGUUUAUACCUAAAAGAUUGAAGUCAGAGCUCAAAAGACCCAAACCUACUAAACAGAAAACACCAAAGAAGGAUAAGAAAAGCAAGAAGGGCUCCAAAAGCUCGAAAAGUAGCAAAAAAAGCAAAAAAAGUAAGAAAAGUGUGAAAAGCUCUAAAAAGAGUAAGAGCACCAAAUCGAGCAAAAAAAGUAAGGACAAGAAACCUAAAAAACUCACUAAAGAGGAGAAGGAAGAGCUAGCAAGACGUCAAAGAGAACAAGAAUUGUUGGAGGAACAAAUGAGGAUGGAGGCGGAGAACAAAGUGUUUAUGUUUCCUUUGGUGGACGCAGCCAACGAAGAAUUUUACAAGGGGAUAUUUCCCAACUGGACGCCACCAAAGGCUGACAAGGGCAAAAAAGGCAAAGCUAAGGGAAAGGGUAAAAAGAAAAAAUAAUCUGAUAUUGUAAGAUUUACAUUGAAGUACAAUUAUUUUAAAUUAGUAGUAGUUUCAUAUAUUUUUUUUUUUUUGAGUCGUGGACAGGUGCAACGUAAAUUUUUCAAAUUUCUACCGGCACAAAUUUAUAAAUAAACAAGAUCGUCACACAGCGUCAACUUGAACCAAAAUUUUAGACCUGUUGCUAAGAUUAGCCUCGCACUCAUGCUUCCCAUUAAAAUAGAUUCGAGAAAUGUGCGUACGUCAUCACCAUUACGAAUAAAAGAUGUCACCAAUC